CACCCAGCAGCAGUGUCACAGUAGUACGCUGUGCUCUCGUAUACGGCGGGUGAGUGGUGCCUUGCAUACAGCAAAUUGUUCUGCAACGUUUCUGGCGUUUGUUAGUCAGUGCAUCGUCGUUUCUUCGUAGAAGAUCGAGGCGAGCAGGAAUCGUUACGAGAGGAAUCCAAACGAACAUCGUGCAGGAGUUUUACAAAGGUCAGCCAAGGAAGAAAGAUGAAGGGGAUGCUGGUGCCCGCACUGCUGGGCGUCUUGAUGGUCUGCCGGGUCCAGGCGGUGUCGGAGAGGCUCGAGUUGGCACCAGCUGGAGGAAGAUCAGAGCCGCAAGUUGCCACAUUGUGCGAGACCGGCGCAGUGUACUUGGCGCAGCAUAUGGGGGAACAAGGCCGCUGGGUCUCAUCGGCCGACAGGAAGAGCUGCAUGACGGACAAGAUGGAUAUUCUCGAAUACUGUAAGAAGGCUUACCCGAAAAGAGACAUCACCAACAUCGUAGAGUCAUCGCACUACGUGAGGGUUAGCGGAUGGUGCAAGCCAGGAAGAACUAAAUGCAAAUUGUCGCGUUGGGUCAAGCCGUACAGAUGUCUCGAGGGUCCAUUCCAAAGCGACGCGCUGCUCGUUCCGGAAGGUUGCCUGUUCGACCACCUCCACAAUCAGACGAAAUGCUGGGAAUCACUCAGAUGGAACGCGACCGCCGCAGACACCUGCAGGGAGAGGAACAUGAACCUGAGGAGCUUCGCAAUGCUGUUACCCUGCGGAAUCUCUGUGUUCUCAGGCGUCGAAUUCGUGUGCUGCCCGAAACACCUGAAAGAAAAUAUGAAAGCCAAGAAACCAAUCGAUUUGCCGAUUCCAAAAGGUCUGGACGAGGAUCUUGACGACGACGAAGAUGACGAAGAUGACGAUGACGUCGACGCAGAUGAUGAAGAUGACUCUGAUGCUGAUGGGGAUGUGCUCAGCGACCAACCUGACGAUGACGAGAGCGACGAAGAUUAUCUCGAUGAUUACGACACUACGACAAGUUUGUCUAGUCGAUUGUCAACGACGGUUUCAACUACGGAGAAACCGAAACAAGAUGUGACCGCGAUGCCGUUGCCAGUCAGCAGUAGUACACAGCAAUCCCCGCAGUCGCAGAACACACCGGAUCCGUAUCUGACUCACUUCGAUCCUCGUUCAGAGCACCAGAGCUACAAGCAAGCACAAAUGAGGCUCGAAGAAGUGCACAAGGAGAAAGUAACAAAAGUGAUGAAGGACUGGAGUGAUCUCGAGGAGAAAUAUCAGGACAUUCGUGCCCACGACCCAGUCGCUGCCGAUGCUUUCAAACGAUGGAUGACCGCGCGAUUCCAGGAAACUGUCGCUGCUCUGGAAGAGAGCGGUGCUGCGGAAAAACAUCAAUUGAGCGCUAUGCAUCAACAAAGAGUACAAGAAGCUGUUAAGCAAAAGAACGAAGAAGCGAUGUCGUGUUAUACAGCUGCUCUGAACGAGACACCACCAAAUAUGCAUCGCAUUCAGAAAUGUCUCCAGAAAUUACUUCGAGCUCUUCAUAAAGAUAGGCAUCAUACCAUUGCUCAUUAUAAACAUUUACUGGAUAGCAGCUUGGAACAAGCUCAACGUGAAAAGCCAGCAACAUUGGAACACUUGGCGGAAAUCGAUAGAAUCACCAAUCAGAGUCUGUUAAUGUUAGAACGGUACCCUGAUUUAAGCGCAAAAAUUGGCCGCCUUAUGGAUGAUUACGUUUUGGCCCUCAGGAGCAAGGAUGAGACUCCUGGACUGUUGCUAGCGAUGACGCGAGAAGCGGAAGCAGCCAUUUUAGAUAAAUAUCAAGCUGACGUUACCAGCAAGCAACAAGAGAAGGAACAUCAAAAACAAUUGGAACGAGUACGCAAGGAGCAACGCAAGGCUGAACGUGGCGAAUUACGAACGGAACAGGCACAACAGGAAGAAAACGACUCGAUAAAUGACAACAAAGAUGUUCAACAACAACCAGAACAACAGUCUGCGGUAGCAGCUAUGCAUAGUGAAGGUCUUAUUAGGGCAGCUCACAGCAUGACACAUGACAUUUCCCACUCUGAACCAGGUUACACUGUGAGAAGGGAAAUUUAUCACAGGGAAAGUCGAUCCGUCUACUUCACACUUGCGUUUGCUGGAAUUGCACUUAUGGCUGCAGCAGUGGUAGGUGUAGCAGUAUUCAAAAGACGCAGUGCAAGAAGCCCUCACAGUCAGGGAUUCAUUGAAGUUGAUCAGGCGGCUACACCAGAAGAGCGGCAUGUUGCAAACAUGCAGAUCAAUGGAUAUGAAAAUCCUACAUAUAAAUACUUUGAGAUCAAAGAAUAAUCUAAUCACCUCGGUCUACAGGAGAUUUUAUUUGAAACUGGUCUUUAAUUGUCCGUUCUCGCGUAUGUUCUUCAAGAAUUUCAUAGUAUUUUGUUAGUGUAAGAUAUCUUUCAGGUUCGAGGUUCUUCCGAAGAUUCCGAAAGUAUACAAAUCUAUAUCUUAGUGAUAUAUGGAAUAAAAUCUGUCCAUAGAGAAAUAGGUAUUGCGAUACAAUAUCAUUGUGACACGUCUCUUUAUUAUAGCUCAUGACGUUAUACGACCACAUUUAACAAUCUAUGAUAUGUAUAAAGCAAUGUUCAUAUAACAUCUAGUAGAUAGAAGUGUUACGGGUUGAUCCAUAUACUCGUACCGUCAAGAUUAUCUACGAGACAAUUCGAAAGGGAAACAACAUGCCAAUGUGCCAUAUGGGAAGCGCGUAAUGUUGUCUUCGGAAGUAUCUCAUACACGUUGUUUUCGUUUCGUUGUCAUACAUGUUACUAAAAAAAAAAAAUAAACAAACAAAGAAACACAGGAAGGAGCGCUCAUAAUGAAGAAAAAGAAUCAUUACUCACAUUAAUGUUAUACGCGAUACCCUUCGAUUAGAAGGCUGUGGACUAUGAUCAGUUACAAACUCAUUGUUUUCAGCAAUAGGAAAUGCGUAUGCGAUGGAAGAAAUGUAUCUCGUCGAUGACGCAUUCACAGUAUGCGUGCUGUUGCGCUCUUUGCUGUAUAUUUCUCAGUUCUGAUAUUUUUGGAGAUAGUAAAUGGCAAUAAAGGUAAACGCAGCUUAAAUAAUAUGUGAAAAUAAGAAAAAUGGUAGCAGCGGUAGCAGCUUGCACAGUGGCAGCAUAAAAGUAUAAUCCGACUUAAACGAAAAAAAAAAAAAA